CCGGUUUGAGAGCUGGAAUGGGAGGCUGGAGAGCCGGGGCCGGGGCCCGACCCUAACAGAGUGAGGCUGGCCCGGGGGCAGAGAUGCGAGUGGGUUGAGGGGCAGCCUCGAGAAGGAGACGCUCCCAGGGGUGGCCGGAGGGUGCUCUCAGGGCACCUUAGCCCAGUCGGAGGCCUCUGGAGGAACCGCACGACGGCCCCGAGAGUGACCUGGCCAGAGGGACGGAAGACAAAGAGGCCGGAAUCCCGCACCCGCCGCUCCUUGAGCCGAGUCCCGCUCCCGCGAACCCCACAGCACCCGGAGCCCCUGGCCAGCAACCGAACUCGUCCUCAGGAGACCCAUUACUACUGCCCCCCUCGGACUCCCUCUCUCCACCAACUCAGUGUGACUCCCCACGCCCACCGGCCCUCGCUUCAGGAACCAAAACCAAUCCUCCCAAUGCGCGAGGUUUCCCGUCAGUAGUUCCCGAAUAGUUGCUGAGCGGUUACUAACGCUGUGAGGGAAAACAAAGAUCCAGUAUUCAGUACUUGAUUUUUGUCCCGGGUGGGAAUUGGUAGUUGUGUAGUCUGAGGGGGCGGGGAGGAUGUAAAGGGCCUCCGGAACGACUGCGGAGGUACUGGGGGAGGUGGGCUGCGACCCGCUGGACAGAGGCUUUUUGUUGCCUUCAGCAGGAUGGUGACUUGCCUUUAGAGCCUCUCAAGCUCCAGGUCUCCCAUAUGGUUCGAACUUACUAUGCAACAUUGGUCAGGGGAGCUAAAUGGGGUCAGGUUUGGGGGGAGGUGGAAGAAGGGCAGACCAUACUUUAUUCUUUGCUGCUUCCCCGGGCUCCUUGGAAGUCACCCAGAAAUGGUAGCUUUUGAAAGGUCUCUCCAUGCUGUUUUGGCUUGCUGUCCUAAAGCUGGUGCUACCUCAGAUGGCCACGUGGAGUAUAUGGGAAGUCAGGCCAGCUCUUGGCAAGACUUUAGACAUGAGUGUAUUUCUUCUCAUAGUGCCAUCUCUCUCUACCCUAGGAGGAAACUCUUCUUACAGUUGAGAGACUCAUCUGCAGGUGACUCUCCAAGGACAUGGGAAAAUAGGUGUAAGCCCUCGAACCCUUAAGUGGCGGGGAGCUGCUUUCUGCUGUGAAUGAUGGCCAAACCCACUCUGAGAGGGAAUGGCACUAACUCUGAGACGUUCCGACAGCGCUUCAGGAGAUUUCACUACCAGGAGGUAGCUGGGCCCCGGGAGGCUUUCAGCCAACUCUGGGAACUUUGCUGUCGUUGGCUAAGGCCGGAGGUUCGCACCAAGGAGCAGAUUGUAGAAUUGUUGGUGCUAGAGCAGUUCCUGACCAUCUUACCUGGGGAGAUCCAGAAUUGGGUACAGGAGCAAUGUCCAGAAAGUGGAGAGGAGGCAGUGGCUCUGGUGGAAGAUUUAGAAAGAGAGCCUGGAAGACCUGGACGUUCGGUCACAGUCUCUGUGAAGGGGCAGGAAGUGCGCUUGGAGAAGAUGACACCCCUGAAAUCAUCACGAGAGUUAUUAAGUGUUCGGCAGGAGUCAGUGGAACCCCAGCCCAGGGGUGUAACCAAGAAAGAGAGGGCAAGGAGCCCAGACCUGGGACCACAGGAGCAGAUGAACCCAAAGGAGAAGCUCAGACCUUUUCAAAGGAGCGGAUUUCCAUUUCCUAAAUCCGGUGUGGUCUCCAGGUUGGAGCAAGGAGAGCCAUGGAUCCCUGAUCUGGGCUCCAAGGAGAAGGAACUCCCAAGAGGCAGUAAUACAGGAGACAGACAAAUGCAUGCUGAUCUGUUAUCACCCAAGAGAGAGAGAAGAAGCUGGGUGGACCAGGAUCACUGGGGCUUUGAGGAUGAGAAGGUAGCAGGUGUGCACUGGGGCUACGAAGAGACCAGAACUCUCCUUGCAAUUCUCAGUCAGACUGAGUUUUAUGAGGCUCUCCGAAACUGUCAUCGAAACAGCCAAGUGUAUGGGGCUGUGGCUGAGCGGCUCCGGGAGUAUGGCUUCCUUCGGACCCUGGAACAGUGUCGGACCAAGUUCAAAGGUCUCCAGAAGAGCUAUAGGAAAGUCAAGAGUGGUCACCCACCUGAGACCUGCCCCUUCUUUGAAGAGAUGGAGGCCCUGAUGAGUGCCCAGGUCAUUGCAUUGCCCAGUAAUGGCUUGGAAGAGGCAGCCUCUCACUCUGGCCUGGUAGGCAGCGAUGCCGAGACUGAGGAGCCAGGGCAAGGGGGCUGGCAGCAUGAGGAAGCAGAAGAAGCUAUGGCUGAAGAGUCUGACAGUGAUGAAAUGGGCCAGGAGGCCAGCCCCCAAGACCCUGACAACUCAACUGCACCUGUUCUUUUUCGAAGCCCAAGUGUCAUCUGAUGGUGGAUUUUAAGACCUGGCUUCUUGGCUAUCAAUUUCUUCAUGGUAUUAGAACUAAUGGAUCCAUUCAGGUGGGCAUGAAGUUCCUAAAACAAGAGAAUACCAUCAGUAAAAACUUCUCAAGUAUCCACCAGAUUCACAGCAUCCUACCAGGUACCGCAUGUUUGUAAUCUGCACUAGGCAAACUGUCUACUAGAUGUAGCUAUAUAACUUUUAAAGUUUAUAAAAUUUAC